AUGCCUCCAUCGCGCCUUCCUCCAAAGAUAUUCCAACUCCGUGUCAAGACUCACAAGUUGACCAUCUUCCUCACUCUCCCCAACGCCACACCACUCUCGACUGUUAAAUCUGAAGUUCUCUCCGCUCUCUCCGCAUCCGUAGCUCGCGACGUCGAAGACAUACCAUCACUCAACCCUCCUGAUAGCACCGACGCAUUCGAGCUUGCCAAAGAGGUCAAGGCGAAACAGGGUCGUGGCCUGCCGGUGGGCACGGGGACAUAUGAGAGGCUGGAGGAUGAGAACGCUAAGCUGAUAGAGGUCGUGUCGAAUUGGGAUUCACUUUAUAUAAUGUUUAGGAGUGAAGAUGGCAUACUACAAGACGUUCAAGUAUCCAUCCCCUCACUAGACGAUGAGAUAGACGAUCCAUUUGAACCUAAAGGUCCUGUACCUGUGGGAGAUAUCGAGAUGGACUUGGGAGAUGAUUCGUUGCAAGCUGGCGAUAAAGGCAAACGGAAAGCACCGUCUGACUAA